AUGACCAUAGGUAGGCUUAUUCUUGCCUCUUUCCUUUUCCUAUGCCUAAUUGCCACCACAAAUGCUAUCGGCGUCAACUAUGGCACUCUCGGAGACAACUUGCCACCACCGGCAACAGUGGCGAAUUUUCUCAAGACGAAGACCACAAUUGACUCCGUUAAGCUCUUUGAUGUGAAUCCAGAUUAUAUACGGGCAUUUGCUAAUACCGGCAUCACAGUCGCCGUCACAGCCCCUAACGGAGAUAUAGUAUCGCUCACCGAUGUGAAUUUUGCCCGGCAAUGGGUUGUCAACAAAAUCAAACCUUUUCACCCGGCAACAAAAAUCAGGUACAUUCUUGUGGGUAGCGAAGUGCUUCACUGGGGAGAUCAAAGCAUGUUACAAAACCUUGUACCUGCCAUGAAGUCCCUCCAUGAUGCCCUUCAAGCUGAGGGAAUCACUGAUAUUAUGGUGACCACAGCCCACUCAUUGAUUAUAAUGGAAACAGUGACACCACCAAGUACCGCCAGAUUCCGGCCAGCUUACUCAGAUUCCAUUUUAAAGCCAAUGCUUCAAUUCUUAAGGCAAACCAAGACUCCUUUCAUGGUCAAUCCUUAUCCUUACUUCAACUUAGAUCCCAACAACGUUAACUUCGCCAUCUUCAAGCCCAACCCCUCCGUCUUUGACCCCUUCACGCGCCGCCAUUACAAGAACCAGUUCGACGCCCUUCUCGACGCCGUUCACUCCGCCAUGAUGGCCGUCGGAUUUGCUGACGUGGACAUGGCCGUGGGUGAGACUGGGUGGCCCUCCAAUUGUGACAACCCGGCUAUCUGUAGUGUAGACAAUGCGGCGUCGUAUAAUAGCCAGCUCGCGAAGCAUAUCGCGGCUAAAAGAGGAACGCCGUUGAUGCCGAACCGGCAGUUCGAGACUUAUAUUUUUGCUUUGUUUAAUGAGAACCAGAAACCCGGCCCGACCGCCGAGAAGAACUGGGGGUUGUUUCAACCCGAUUUGACGCCCGUCUAUGAUUCUGGAAUCAUGGGCAACGGACAGGUACCGGCGGCGCCGAUUCGAAAAAAGGGAGGGCAUCAUCAAGGAGGGGGAGGGGGACAUCAUAAGGGCAAAGGGGGAAGUUGGUGCGUGCCGAAACCAAACGCAGCAAGUGAAUCUCUUCAAGCCAACAUUGACUACGCAUGUAGCCACGGCAUUGACUGUGGGCCCAUUCAACCCGGAGGGGCCUGCUUUGAGCCCAAUACUGUUCAGGCACAUGCUACUUAUGCCAUGAAUGCCUAUUAUAAAGCUAAAGGCCCGGCCCAAGUCAACUGUGACUUCUCCAAUUCUGGUCAAAUUUCCAAUGUCAACCCAAGUAAGUUCGCGUGCUCUCUUAUCUGUGCAUAUGUUAUAUUUGACUGCUCUUUAGAAAUAUCGGGGUAA